GUGCUCACAGCCAGUUCCACACCCACAACCCACAGAAACACCCACUUUUCGUAUUUUGUUCAAGGUUUCAUUGUAGCCCACGAUUCCUUCCUCAAACGUCGCCUUUAACAUCUUCUGUCGCCGAAGAGGAGAAAACAGAAGGCCCAAUUUCAUGCUUCGACCUCCACUCUGCAUUUCGUCGUAUCUCUCCAUAUCCCGACUAGACUCCAUAAGUACCCGUUAAAACGCCACAUAUCUGCCCGGCAUGCCUGCUGCAGGAAUUGUGAACAUUCGUCGUGAUGUCGACGACAAGUUUUAUCGCUACCGCAUGCCCCUUCUUCUUACGAAGAUAGAGGGUAAAGGUAACGGGAUCAAGACUGUCAUUCCAAACAUGUCCGACGUAGCUCGUGCCCUUUCUCGCCCCCCGUCUUACAUAACCAAGUUCUUCGGAUGUGAGCUGGGCGCACAAACCCCAUUCGAUGAAAAGAACGAUCGCUACAUCGUUAAUGGUGCUCACGAUGCCAUUCGUCUCCGUGAACUCCUUGAUGGCUUUAUCGACAAGUUCGUGCUGUGUGCCUCGUGCAAGAAUCCGGAGACCGAUCUCAACGUCGUCAAAAAUGGUCGACGUGAAGACAUCUUCCGGGACUGCAAGGCUUGCGGAGAAAGGACUAACAUCGACAUGAGACACAAGCUCGUCACGUUCAUCCUCAAGAAUCCUCCCAAGAACCCUAAAAAGUCAAAGAAGGGUAAGGGGGAGGCGGCCAAUAACGGCAACGGUGGAGGUGUUCAUGCCUCUGGCCCCACUAUCCCUGGUCAGGAGGAGGAUGGGUCUGGCGGCGACACUGAUGACGAGCUGACGAGAAAGAUCAAGGCUGAGGCUGCCGACCUUACAAAUGACACUGUUCUCGGCAACGACGAUUGGGCUGUGGAUACCUCCACCGAGGCUGUCAAAGCCCGUGUCAAAACCUUAGAGGGUCAAAUGGGCGGACUUUCCCUCCCUGGAGGUGACGAUGAUGGGAGUGAGGAUGACGCUGAUAGCCCUUAUUCGCAGUUUGGACGUUGGGUCGAGGAACACAGAAGCCAAGAUGGUAUCGGCUCCGUGCAGAUUUACAGGAAGGCCGAGGAACUCGGCGUAGAGAAGAAGCACAAAGCUGUCCUCGUCCUUGUCCAGGCAUUGUUCACCGAAGACAUCGUAAAGGAAAUUAACACGUACAACGCUCUGCUCGCUAAGAUGAUUACUAGCGAGAAGCACCAGAAGGCUCUACUGGGAGGCAUCGAGCGACUCUCUGGGCUGACCUACACCGAGUUGAUUCCUGCGAUUCCUAAAAUUCUCAUGGCACUCUACCAAAACGACGUGCUGGAUGAAGAAGUGGUUAAGCAGUGGGGUACUCACGUCAGCAAGAAGUAUGUUGACAAGGAGACUAGUAAGAAGGUCAGGAAGGCGAGUGAACCCUUCCUGAAAUGGUUGGAGGAGGCAGACGAUGAAUCUGAUGAGGAGUGAUGGACAUUCUACGAUUUCUUAUGUUUCCGUUCGCUGUCCGUCUGAGAUUCUUUCUGACAUAUCUCUUUCAUGUUUAUUUCCUGUGCUGAUUAUUUGACUCGCAUGCCCUAUGUGUCGUUCUGUAUUCAACCAGGUGUUUGCUUCACUUUA